AUGAGUGCGUCCCUCGGGCGGGCCUGGCUGCAUGACCUAGACUACAAGAUUCUGCACGCAGCAAAGGCAGGGUUUAAAGGAAUCGAGAUCUUUUAUGAGGAUCUGGAUUAUGCCGCCAGAAAGGUCUCCAGAUGUGAUUCGCCAACAUCGGAUGAUAUCCUGCAAGUGGCGAAACAUGCUCGUUCUCUAUGCCAGGAGCAAGGUCUGGAAAUUAUUGGCCUUCAGCCAUUCCUGUUCUAUGAAGGCCUCAAAGAUCGAGAUGAACACAACAAAUUGAUUGAAAAAAUGAGGCUUUGGUUGAAGCUUGCUAAAUGUCUGAACACGACAACCAUCCAAAUUCCUGCCAACUUUUUACCUGCGGACCAAUUGACAGAUGACCUAAAUGUCAUUGUAGCCGACUUGCAAAAGGUAGCCGACAUGGGUGCCGCAGAGAAACCUGUUGUGCGCUUCGCAUACGAAAAUCUUUGUUGGAGUACUAUUAUCGACACUUGGGAAAAGCUAUGGGAGGUGGUGAGACGCGUUGAUCGGCCCAACUUUGGCAUGUGUCUUGAUACCUUCAAUAUCGCCGGUCGCAUUUGGGCAGAUCCAGCUUCGCCAACAGGCAAGACACCAAAUGCUGACACUGAUCUAAAACAAUCAAUUGAAAGGCUCGUCAAUGAAGUUGACGUUUCGAAGGUCUUUUACAUUCAGGUAGUUGAUGCGGAAAAAAUGGAAUCGCCGCUGGUGGCUGGCCAUCCCUUUCAUGUCGACGGCCAGCCAGCGCGAAUGAGCUGGUCGCGAAAUGCCAGAACCUUUAUGUAUGAAGAUGAAAGAGGGGCAUACCUACCCGCCGAAUCUGUCGCUAAAGCCAUCAUUUUUGGAUUAAAGUACGAAGGGUAUGUCUCCAUGGAGUUAUUCUCACGAACAAUGUCCGAAGCAGGAAAAAAUGUGCCUGAGGAGCAUGCAAGCCGAGGAAUCGCAGCAUGGAGGAAGUUCCAACAACGGUUAAAGUUGGUCUAG